CGUGUCGUCGUGACGUCGUACGCAAUAGCUCGUGUGGUUACCAGAGGGAAAUACUACUGACAUUUUUCUGUAUUAGUUCUUAGUUUAGAUACACCAGGUGGAUCUCGUAUUUAUUUUAAGGCGUUAACUUACCCCCAAAAGAAUUAGCUUCUUAGAGACGCAUGCUUUGAAGUUAUGCUGCAGUUUGAAUAUUGUUUUAAUAUUACAGAUUUUUUAAGAUAGCAAACGUGCUUAGAAGAUGUCAACAAUGUGGAGUCUACGAAUCUGUCAUCUUGACCAAAGUAUUUAAGAUACAUCUUGCACCUGAUGCCAAUUCAGCAAUUGACAAUUACUUCCAAACCAUCCAUCUUCCAUGGUGAUAAUUUCCUAGUCAAAACAGCUAAACAAAUGCAUGAGACCAGUGACCUUAUUACAGGAUCUUCUCCCCAUUCCUAAUUUUAACCUCCACUCUGCUUUUUCAUGACUUAAUUAUUCCCAGCCCUGAACCUGACACCCUCUUAUAAACCUGUCCCCACCCCGUCGCCCAUCAGACCUGCAGCAUUGCCAUGCUGGGCUGUCUGCUGCGUAGGAGCAUGUCUCACAGACUGAGUGUGUUUCUGGUAGUCUUCGGCCUGGCCUGGUGUCUGCUGCUGCUUCACUACACCAUCACACAACCACGGCGCCAGAGCAGCGCAGAGCUCCGCCAACAGAUCCUCGAGCUCAGCCAUCGCUAUGUCAAAGUCCUUAGUGAGGAGAACCAGAACCCUUCAGGGCCCCAUGGCAUCUCCAUGGCAGGAUAUGCUGACUUGAAGAGGACAAUUGCUGUGCUGUUAGAUGAUAUUCUCAACCGUUUGGUGAAGUUGGAGGGGAAAGUGGAGGCUGCUGUGAAUGCCUCUAUACAGAACAUCUCCCAUCCUGCUGUUGGUGCCAGCACUCUCCUUGCUGCCAGAGUCACUGUUUCCAGGUCCACCAAACAAAAUAGGUCUGCCCACCGGCCAGAGAGACGUAGUUACCCUCUGUACUUCCUGUCACAAUCACCUGACAGGUCACAUAAGCCGCACUCUUUGAAAUAGGAAACUGUGGCUAUGGACAUCUUCUGCAUCACUACAGCAAAGACUGAGAUUCAGAGAUAAAUAAAUAAACGUGUGUGUGUGUGUGUGUGUAUAUAUAUAUAUAUAUAUAUAUAUAUAUAUAUAUAUAUAUAUAUAUAUAUAUAUAAUACAGUGGGGCUCGAAAGUUUGGGCACCCCUUGCAGAAUCUGUGAAAAUAUGAGUAAUUUUCAUACUACUAUGCAUGUUAUAUUUUAUUUAGUUCUGACUUGAGUAAGAUAUUGUACAUAAAAGAUAUUAACAUUUAGUCCAAAAGACAAAAAAAUUGCUGAAAUUAUUAAAAUAACCCCACUCAAAAGGAAACAAGAUGCAUUAAGAGCUGGGGGUGAAAACUUUUGAACACGAUGAAGAUGGCCAAAUUUGUCUUAUUUUGUUGAAAUAUUUUUUUUUUCCAUUUAGUUCUGCCCUUCGUACGCAACAGAAGAUACUUGUAUGUUUCCCGGUACACAAAUUAAGUACAAUUUACCUUGAACUUCAAAUUCCAAAAGUUUUCACCCCCAGCUCUUAAUGCAUAUUGUUUCCUUCUGGAGUAUCAGUGAAUGUUUGAAUCUUUUUAAAUAGUUGUGUUUGAGUCCCUCAAAUGUCCUCAGUGUGAUAAGGUGCAUCUCAAAAUCAUAAAGUCACUGCUGGAAAGGGUUCAUAUAUGCAAAGAUGCUGGAAAACUGAAGAAUCUGCAGGACCUUAAAGAUUUUUCUGAAUAACGCUGCUCAGUUUAACUGUUCAGAACAAACAAGGGACUCAUGCACAACCAUCACAAAACAGAAAGACAGCCGAGGAUCAUCAGGUGACAGAACACAGUACUAAGAACCAAGGGUUCCCAAACUUUUGAGUGGGGUUAUUUUAAUAAUUUCAGCAAUUUUUCUGUCUUGUGGACUAAAUGUUAAUAUCUUUUAUGUACAAUAUCUUACUCAGGACAGUACUAAAUAAAAAAUAACAUGCAUUUAGUGUGAUCUCUCUUAUUUUUUGAAAAUGACUGAUGGCAUUUUCACAGAUUCUGCAAGGGGUGCCCAAACUUUCGAGCCCCACUAUAUAUAAAUAUAUAUAUAUAUACACACACACACACAAUUUUUCUUUUUAGACUAAAACAGCUUUUAGACAUUUAUGUUGUGCACAUGAGCUUCUGCUUGAUUGUUUUGUCUUAUAUUCAUGGAUCACAAGUAUAUUUUAUAACUUAUGUGCAAUAUGGAAUAUAAGAUACGAGAGAGUGAUAGGAUGUGUUUUCUAACAACACUUUUUUUUUUUGAUAUACGGAUGUGUUUCAUCAAGUAUCUUUAAAAGACACCAUGUACGCACUGUCUCCACAGCUAGCUAACGUUGUGUAGUGCACGUAGAUGGAUUCCAGAGCGAAGGUUUACACGUAGCACCUUUUAAUUGUUAAGACUUUAUGGGUUGCUAUACAUUAGCUAUUGAACUGUGGAGGAAAGGAGCUGAUCCAAAGAAUUAUCUCAGUCAAUAGUUGAUUGAUGUCUCUUUAGCAGGUUGAUUUGUUUAAGGGGUGGGGAUAUACCUCAGUUGCUGUUAGUACAUAGAGCUGAAUCAAAGCAAAACUCAACGCAGCAUUAAGCUUUCAGGAGGAACUCUACCAUACAACACAACUCAGUCCAUACAAUAAAACAUGUGCCAGACUUCA